AUGAAAAUAAGGCCAACUGAUGCAGUUCAAGAAUCAAAUAGUGAAGCACAAGCAAGACUGGGACAAGAAGAAGGCACUACCGAAGGAAUGUAUACAAGAACUCAAAUGGUGGUUGUAAAACCUCAACAAAUGGAACGGCAAGUCUUUCAUCAACCACGAACCAGCCAAAACAGUCUACGUCGAUGCAAGCAAUACAGGAUGGGGCUGCCACUUUGGCGAUCUAACUGCUUACGACCACUGGAUAAGAGACGAAGUCGACCAGUCAAUAAAUUGACGAGAUUUCAAGACCUUUCCUCAGUUGCACAACAAGAUUUUGAUACGCACGGACAACACAACAUCGGUGGCGCUCCUGCUAAGAAGUCCACUGGAAAGAAGGUUGCUCCUGCUCCUUAUCCCAUCAAGGGCAAGCAAACCACUAAGGCUGCUGCUAACCCUUUGAUCGAAAAGACCCCCAAGAACUUUGGUAUUGGUCAAGACAUCCAACCCAAGCGUGAUGUCUCUCGUUUCGUCAAGUGGCCUCAAUAUGUCAGACUUCAACGCCAAAAGAAGAUCAUCUACCAACGUCUCAAGGUCCCUCCUGCUUUGAACCAAUUCACUCAUGUCUUGGACAAGAACACUGCCACUCAAGUCUUCAAGUUGUUGCACAAGUACAGACCUGAAUCCAAGGCUGAAAAGCGUGAUCGUCUCCGUGCUGCUGCUGCUGCCAAGGCUGAAAAGAAGGAAGUUGCCAAGACUGACAAGCCUGUUGUUGUCAAGUACGGUAUCAACCACAUCACCGCUUUGAUUGAAGCCAAGAAGGCUCAAUUGGUCAUCAUUGCUGAUGAUGUUGACCCCAUUGAAUUGGUCCUUUGGUUGCCCGCUCUCUGUCGUAAGAUGGGUGUCCCAUACUGUAUUGUUAAGGGUAAGGCUCGUCUCGGUACUCUCGUCCACAAGAAGACUGCUACUGCUAUUGCCUUGACUGAAGUCUCUGAAGCUGAUAAGGCUGAAUUGGCUACUGUUGUCUCUGCUGUCAACACCAACUUCACUGCCAAGUGGGAAGAAGAACGUCGUCACUGGGGUGGUGGUAUCAUGGGUCCCAAGUCCAACGCCAAGAUGGCUAAGCGUGCUGCUCUUGCCGCUAAGGAAAUUGCUGCUCGUCAAUAA